AUGUCGUCGAUGCUUUACUUGGCUGCUGUAUCCGUGACCUUGGCUCUGGGAGUGGGAGCUAUCUUGGUCUUGAGAUGGAGGAACGGCGGGCGACCGAGCCAAGAUGCGAGGCUGCCGCCGGGGUCGAGGGGCCUGCCGUUCCUCGGGGAGACGCUCCACUACUUGGCAGCGUCCUCAACUCUUGAGCUAUUGCCACCCUUCUUUGAGGAACGGUUGGAGAGGUAUGGUCCCAUCUUCCGGACGAGCCUAGUCGGGGAGGACCUCAUCGUGUCGCUGGACGCAGAGCUGAACGCUCAUAUCCUGAAGCAGGAGGAGCGCGGCUUCCAGAUUUGGUACCCGCCCUCCUUCAUGCGCGUCUUCGGUGCCGGCAACAUCACCUCUAAGAUCGGCGUGCUCCACCGCCACAUGAGGACCCUUGUGCUCCGCCUCUUCGGCCACCAGAGCAUCCGCUCCGUGCUGCUGCGUGACGUGCAGCGGAGCGCGCGUGACGAGCUGCGCUCUUGGCUCGGCAGGCCGGACGUCGAGGUCAGGACGGCCAUCUCCAGGAUGAUAUUUGGCGUCACUGCAAAGAAGCUGAUCAGCCAUGAUGAUGCAGCAUCAGGAGGAAGGUUGUGGGAAUGUUUCCACGACUGGACUUCGGGGCUACUCUCAUUUCCAGUUCCCAUUCCUGGCACAACCUUCUACAAAUGCAUGCAGAGGUACACGUACGCUAAUCAUCCCCACAAGAUGCAUGUGUCAGACAACCUUAGAAAUAAUUACAAGUAUCCUGCCAUUAAUCUGGUAGACUCGGGGUUACGAUCAUCAUCCCUGCAGGGGCGUAAGAACGUUAUGAAGAUGCUGAAGCAGCAGCUCAGUGAGCGUAGGAACGCAGCGGAGCGCGAGACCGUGGAUUUCUUCGAUCUUGUGAUCGAUGAACUGAAUAAGCCAAACCCUAUAAUGGACGAGAGCACCGCGUUGGACUUACUGUUGACGAUGCUCUUUGCAAGCCAUGAGACGACGUCGAUGGUAUUGACCGUCAUACUCAAGUAUUUGACGGACAACCCCAAAGCUUUGCAAGAACUAACAGAGGAGCAUGAAAAAAUCCUAGAAAGAAGGGUGGAUCCAGACUCUGAUAUCACUUGGGACGAGUACAAGUCUAUGAAAUUCACAUCUCAUGUUAUACAUGAAUCUCUAAGGCUGGCAAACAUUGCUCUGGUCAUGUUCAGGAAAGCAGAUCAGGAUGUGCACAUAAAUGGAUCAAAGAUCAUGAUCUGUCCACUAGCAUCGCACUUGAAUAUGAAGGUUUACGAGGACCCCUCAGUGUUCAAUCCAUGGAGAUGGAAGGAUAUUCCUGAACCAGUCGGUGCCUCUAAGGACUUUAUGGCCUUUGGGGGUGGUUUGCGUCUAUGUGCUGGUGCCGAUUUUUCCAAGAUGCAAAUGGCUAUGUUCCUCCAUUACUUGGUCAUAAAUUACAGGUGGAAAGCCGUCAGCGGUGGGACAAUGGUAUUCUAUCCAGGGCUGCAAUUUCCAGAUGGCUUCCACAUCCAGCUUCUUCCAAAAAUCAGAAAUGUGGUUUUAGAAACCCUAUCAAGAAAUUAG